AUGGCUGCAGAGGUCUUCUGCCUCGGCUUCGUGACCAUCUUCAUGCUCUGCAUGCUCAAGUCCCUCUGCAGCGACUGCAUCGGGUGCUUUCGGAGACCGGCUUCGGCUCCCACUCCGGCUCGGACCGCCGCCGCUGGUCCUAGACCGGCUGUGCCCGCCGUGGAGACGCAGGCGGCGGUCCGCCGCCCAUGCUCGUGUGUAAACCCGCCUCCGGUGGUCCGUGCCGGUGGCGAUCCUAGUGCUGCGCGCCGUCUCGGGGCGACGGGCCCGGUGCCGUGCGUGACGGAGUACCAGAGGAGUGACGGGUGGCGGGAGGCCAUGUGCCCUGUGUGCCUCUGCGACUUUGCCGACGGUGAGGUCGUCAGGGUCCUGCCGCCAUGCAUGCACUACUUCCACGCCGCCUGCGUUGGCGAGUGGCUGCGCAAAGGCCACACCACAUGCCCGCUCUGCCGUGCCGCGCCGCCCUCCGCCGCCACCGCCACUGCCGCCUCCAGCGGGUCGCCGGAGUAUGUAAUCUACGUGGAUCAGCUGGGGUAG